AUGAAAAUAACAAUCAUUUUCUAUUGUCUUCUAGUAUUUUCAACGAUUUGCGCGGCUUCCGACGUAAUUGUAAGCAAAGAAUUUAGUAGUUGUAUCAGUCUGUCGGAAAAAUAAUGAGUAAAAUAUCGCUAUGCCAAUCGCGUCGCUGAAGUGAAAAGCAAUUUGAUUUUGUCGCGAAAAAAAAAUCAUUUUCUCGGCAGCGAUGCUACUUUCAUUGCAAUACUUACUGUUUUCCCGACAGACCGAUACGUAGAGCUAAUGAAGAUUAGAAAAAAAUAAUUUCAGGAUGAUGUUCAGGACUUGGUAAGAGAUCUGAACGCGACAGAGAGCUGUGGAUUGUGCCCAAAGAUCGUCGGCGCCGGGAUAUGGUUUCUGGGAGCGUCGGGAAUAAUCCCAUUUGUAAGGCCUUUCAAAAAACAUGUGACUUUUGAAAAGGAGGCUCCAAAUACCGGGUUAUCAAGAUCUAAAAUUCCUGAAUUUAAGAAAACCUGCUAGCGGCAUCCCAUAUAUUUUUGGAUUGUUUUUUUAUAAAAAAGUUAUAUAUAAGGACUCCCUUUUCAGGUGUCAAAUCUAAUCUGCACUGGCUUGGCAAUUGGCCCAAUUUGUGAUAUUGCUGUAAACAGCCUAACAAUGUUGGUGAAGAAUGCGCCGGUCGAUGAAAUUUGCGAUACCUUUGGGUUUGAGACUUGUCAUGUCAUCUCAAGAAGAUCCAUUGAUUACUCUUCAGUAACCCACAACUACAUCCCAAGAUCUCAUCGAGCUUUCGCAGCUUAUAAUCUGGCGCUAGACGAGAAUAAUAAGAUGAUUCAGGACAAUCCAGACAGUUUUUUUGAACGUCCGAAAAUGGACAAGAUCCCCAUAGAUAAUAUGGAAAGGCCUGCUGGUGUCAACAGCCUAGCACCACUUAACGAGAUCUACCAAUAA